GAAGAAGAAGCCCCCCCCCCCCCCCCCGCUUGUGCAGUGUGAGCAGCAUAGGCUAAACCUGCCUUCAAGAACAUGCAUUUGCUGUGACCGUGGCUUCACGUCUUGGACUUUGGUUCAGAUUUUAUAAAAACCUGUCAGCGACGGUCUGAACGUAUCUCCAGGCGCACAAUGCCUCACCUUUCUCCAGACGACAAACUUCUUCAGAAGAUCCUCAUUGCUGGAACCAAAAGUUCUCACCUAGAGGUAAAUGACACCACCCUGCCCUGCAACCCACAUGAGGACACAAACUCCACUAAAACUCCCUAGAGAGGCUUCCAGGAGGAGACAGCUCCUGCUCCACCACAAAGAGGGAGUUCACUGCCUCUUUGACCUUAAUAAAAAUGACCUUAAUAAAGCAGGGUAAGAAAUGAGAGUGAAGGAGAGCCGUGGAUGUUGCAGGGAACCCCAAUAUAACGGCAUGAAACUUUACCAAUUAAAAUGGGAAUUUGAACAUCCACUGACUGUUUUGGCGUGGACACAUUCACUGAGAGGAACAUCUCCAAACAUCUUGUUGGAACUAACAGCUGUCAAAACCACGCCGGAACCAAAGACAUCUCAAAAGCGGCAGUCAGAGGUUCUGAAGAAAACAAUCUUCUGAAGAAACUCUGUUCACAGAACACAAAGAUCUUCAUCGCUAAUCACUAGGAAGAGGAAAUGAGGGGUUCAGCAGGUUAUGGGUUCAGAACAGAUACGGUCAGAGAUGUGGUUCUGACUGUUUUCUUAUCAUGAUGUUCAAAACACACAGGUGUCUGUUAGAAGGAGGGAUCUGAAUGAAAGCAGCCGCUCGGUUUUUAUCCAGGCUGUGGAUUUGAGUCCAAGUUUAGCAUCAGACGAUGUUUAUGUGUUUUUGGAUAAGCUUCAAUGCAGAAUUUGACACAUUAUUGAUGUUCUCAAAAGGUUUAAUUCAUUUCUGGGAGGAGAAAAGCUCAGUGGUUGUCCAAAAUGCAAAAUAGUGACAGAAGAAAACUGGAGCGAAAAUACAAUUUUGCCUAUUUAAGCUAUUUUGUUAGCCACAUUUUUCCCUGAAGAAAAAUAAAACUUGGCAAGCCAUAUGUUUGCAGCAAAAGAGCAGCAACAUCGAAAACAACCUUUUUACUCCUGAUCUCUUCCUUUAAUAGCAAGUUUACAUUCUUGUUUUUACCAGAAAAGUACAAAUCAAUCUGAGCAUCAUUUGUCACCAUGGUAACAAAAGCUCAGUUGCAGCCUGGAGACUUUGACUGAAAUCCGCGCUGAAACAUUUCAGGACCUCGUUUUUGAAUAAAAAACAUAAACUUAAAAAUAAAUAAAAAUGGACUAAUGCAGAUGGCCCACAAGGAUUUUUAAAAUCAUAGACUAUUCAGUGCAUGUUCAUGUUCAUCCACAAAAUGUGCAUGAACAUUUUUACCCUACGGGCUCACUUAAUGAAAGAAGUGUGACAUUUCUUUCUACAGGCAUGCUGUAGGUGAAGGGUCAGAGCUAACACGUAUACAACCCGCAAGAGUAAGAACUCACUAGGUAUAGGAUGUCUAUUAGAAAUACAUCUACUGUAGAUACAGGACAUCGCUACAACUCUAUUUGUUACUCUAUUAGAUGUCCACCAAUAGCGUCCUGACUGAUGUCUUCAUAUAGAGAUCUACUCAGAGAAAUGAAACAUUAGAUUUAAAUAAAAAAGUAUCGUCAACAAGUCCCACAAAACUAUGUUGCUUAAUUUGAGAAAGACUGGAUGACUAAAAUUCAACAGAAUAUCUUGAAUAAGUGCUUCAUUACACAGUUAUGGUACAUUUACAAAUGUAAUCAACAUUUUUGCAUUAAAUUAAUUAAUUAUGUAAUUAACUUAACAUUAUUGCGUUAAAUUUAUUCAUCUUUAUUUUGAAUUUACUUAACAUUAUUACCUACAAUUUACUAUAUUUAUGUUGAAUCAAUUUAACAUUACGUAGAAUUUAUUAAACGUUAUGUUGAAUUUCCUCAAUAUUGUGUUAAAUUGUUAUUGAUUAUGUUGAAUUCAAAAACAAUAUUGUGUUGAUUUUUUUAGUUAUGUAGAAUUUAUCAAUCAUGGUGAAUUUAUGAAACACCUUUUUGUUCCAUUUACUAAAAUCCCUUAACUUGAACACAUUUCUCUCAAACUUCUCAAUCCCGUCAUUUUCCUCCAUCACUUUAUCAUAAAAUCAUCUCAUUGAUGUCAUGGCCUUUGAUCAACAGAAUAUUCUAAUAAAAAAAUAACAUUUUAUAAAAAUAAAGUACUUUGUUGCCUUUUACAAUGAUGUCAUCUGUUGAUCAAAAGCCACGGCAUCAAUGUGAUGUCAUAACAUCAUCACAUGAUCUGAUGUCAUGGCCAUCACAUGACGUUAUUUGAUAGCCAUAACAUCGAUGUGAUGGCUAUGACAUCACAUCGAUGUCAUGGCUAUCAAAUAACAUGACAUCAAUGACAUCAGUUUUAUUGCAUGCAGAGCCUGCAUAUACCCUCACUGAACAUCCAAAAUCCAUUUUUCAGUGACUUCAAGCUACGUCUAGCAAAGUACUGAAACGCUCUUUCCCAACGUUAAAGCCUUUUUUCAAGAUCAAACCUGCAAAUAUUUACGAUCUUUCACAAAGAACACUGAAUAUUUCGCACAUCUCUGAUAAAAUGGCUUAUAACAACAGAAACAAAAAGAACUUUCAUGGCCAGAAGCCUAGGAAGAACCACCAUGGUGUUGGAUAUCCCCGGCAUUACGAUCACGGAUAUGACAAUCCCUAUCCAGUCGGGUUUAAUCCACAUGUAAAGCAGAAUUUCUCUGAUCCGGACUCCCUCAUCUCUGAGCUCAGAAAACAGAUCAGACGGGAAGAGGAAGAGAAACAUCGGCAGAUCCAACAGAAAGCUGUGGAAGCUGAAACAAUGCAGAAGAAAAAUGAAGCCUGCAGAUUAGAAAACCAGCUGCUGCAGGAAAAGAACAACAACCUGCAGAAACAGAACCAAGAACUUCGUAGUCAAAACGAAGAUUUAAACCAAAAACGCACAGCUUUUUCUUGCAACGAGACAUCUUUCAACGCACUGAAAGAAAAACUGCAAAAGAUGCGAGAACAAGUUCAGAUUCUCAGAGACCAAAACCAAAAUGUGGAUUUGGAAGAGAUGGAGAAAGUAGUGACUGAAAGCCAGGGAGUGACAGAAAUGGUUAGAGAUGAGAACUCUACGCUGGUUCUGAAAGUGGAAAACCUCCAAAAGGAGAACAAUCAGCUGAAAACACAACUGCAAGCAGCUCCCCAGCAUGAGGUGGCUCCUUUAACCAACACGCUGCCUGCAGAGGUGGAGGAGCUCAGAAAAACUCUAGAAGCUUCUCAGUUUGUGACGCAAAGCUUUAGAGAGGGGAACAUUAAAAUGAUUCUGGAAGUCCAGGAGCUUAGAAAAGCAAAGGAGCAGCUGAAGGAGAAUCUCCAGAAAGCUUCACUACAACAAAAUGACUUUCCUGAAAUGAUCCAUCAGAUCAAUCAGACUGAUAAAGAGAGGAUAGAAUUAAGAGACCAGCUGUUUGAAGAAAUUAAAACCACAGAGCUGCUCAAAGAAAGCCUCUUUUACCUGGAGGAUCACGUGGAUGAACUGAAGGACAAAGUCAAAAGUUUAGAAGGAAACACCACAGACAGAAACCAAUGUUUGAACCUGGAGGACUAUGAUGUGAUAAUAGAAGAGGAAUGGAUAGAGGAAGAGGAAGAGAUGGAGGAAAAUAAAGAGAAAGAGGAAAAUGAAGAGAUGGUGGAAAAUGAAGAGAUGGAGGUGAAUGAACAAAAGGAAGAAGAAGAUGUAGAAAAAAAUGAGCUGGUUUUAGAAAAAACUGAGGAAAUGUUGGAUGAAAGAGAAGCUCAAUUCAUGACCAAAAUGAAAGAAUUGGAAAAUUGUCUGCAAACACUCCAGCAGGAUGUUCCAAAGAAACCUAAGAAAGGGAAAAAUCAGGAAAAGAGAAAGAAAAAGGGAAAAAAAAACAAAGAAAGAAAUGAACGGGUGAUUGAAGAAACGGAGGAAACAAUGAAGGACACAGAAGCUCAAAUUGUGACAAAAAUUGAAGAAUUGGACAAAGAUCUGCAAAACGUCCUGCAGAAAAAUACCAAGAAGAUUAAGAAAAAAGAGAAAAAUAAGAAAAAAGCAGAAAAAGACAAAGAGCAGAAAGAAAAACCUGUGAAGAGGUCCUCCUUCUUAAUGUUUUUCCGUAGACUGUUUGGUUUGAAGACUUAAACCAGACCACUGCCCUGUUUUGGUCUUUUCUUCGUGUUCUAAUGUAAUAUAAUGUAAUCUAAUGUAACGGGUUAGGGUCACUCACUCCACUUAGUCGAGUGUUUUAAACUCAACUUAAGAUGUUUUUAUUUACAAGACCUUUUAGCUGACUUUUUUAGUUUUAUUUUAUUUUGUUUCAUUUAUUUGUUUAAUUUUUUUUUUUUUUUUAAUUAAUUUGGUUUUAGUUGCUUUAAGCAGCUUGAAUUAACUGCCUCCACCUAAAGCAGUCCUCACCUCCAAGCCAUCAGUUCUAAAAGUAAAGCUGCAGACAAGAUGGCGUCCAAACGUCAUUAGCCUCAAGUGGAAAUUCACCAGAUUGUCAGAGUAGUAGCGCCUUUUUAAAAACGUUUUAACAAACAAAGGUGCUACGAUUUCUGCUUCAGUGAUGUCUUGUUAGAGGUAAAAAAUGGCGCCAUCUUGUCUGCAGCCAGGUCCCCCUUAUUAAUGUAAGCCCCCGACCCCCCCCCAAAUGAAGAGCAGACUUUCUGAGUCUAAAAUCCUCUGAAGCUCUUCUACCAAUUCGGCCGUCCACUGCCAGGUCUGUACCUCCAAACCCAAAAUUCAUCCGUGGUCUUCAGCUCUGUUCCUCGUGAGCUGCUGCCCUGCUUGUUUUGUAGCUAACCCUGCUUCAGUGAUUACUGCUCACCUGGAUCAGGCGUGUUCAGUCCAUCAGAAACUGGGCUCACUGGAUCCAGCUAAUCAGGACUUCCUGAAGCAGGUUAGCUGCAUAACAAGCAGGGCAGUAGCUCACGAGGAACAGGGUUGCAGACGCCUGAUCUACACUCUGGGUGGAAAUCUGUCACCAACAUUGGCUUGAAAAAACAGGGGCAGCACGUUGGUCUGUUGGUAACAUGGUUCGCUGACGGAUCCGUGUCUGCGUGGGUUUUCUCCGAGCACUUCGGUUCCCCCCCACUUAUCCAAAUUUAUUAUUGAUCGAUUGGUGACCUUCAAACAGGUGUAGACCAAAAAAUCCCCAUUGAACUUCCAGCUUGUUAAUGUUGCUGUGAAGGUUCAUUAAUCAAAGAGGUACAGUUCAA